AUGCUCCCCUUCCAUUCUAGUAAGUACCUGACCCUUCCGCCCUGUACUACUCCAAUAUUUUUCUUUCAACAUCCAUCAUUCAUUUUGCUUUUCUUACUUUCUUUACUUAUUUUUAUUCUUUACUUUCUUUCUUUUAUUCUUUCUUUCAGUGGGUACCUAUGUUUGAUAGCCUUUUCUUUCUAUCUUUUUUCUUUCAGAACUAAUUAUGAGUAUUUGUUUGGUACCAUUUCUUUCACAAAUGUAAUUUUGAUGGGUACUUUUCUUUUCAUUCUUUUUGCCGAUCUUUCCUUUUUUUCUUUCUCUUGUUUAAUUUUGAAGAGUACUUUUCCUUUCUUUUUUCCUUUCAUUCUUUCAUUGGAUCUUUCCUUUUUUCUUUCUCUUGCUUUACUUUCAGCCUUCUCUUUCUUUCCUUCAUUCUUUCACCCUGUAGUUCUUUCUGUUAAGUACUUUAUCUAUCUAUCUAUCUAUCUAUCUAUCUAUCUAUCUAUCUAUCUAUCUAUCUUUGAGCUAUUUAUUUUUAGUAUCUUUUCUUUCUUUUUUGUUUGUUUCUUACUUAAUUUCUUUCUUUCUUUCUUUCUUUCUUUCUUUCUUUCUUUCUUUCUUACUUUCUUUCUUUCUUUCUUUCUUUCUUUAUUUUUACAAUCUCUUUCUUCCUCCUGUUCUUUCUGCUUUCUGUCUGUGAUCCUGUACUUUUGUUCUUUCUUUCUUUCUUUCUUUCUUUCUUUCUUUCUUUCUUUCUUUCUUUCUUUCUUUCUUUCUUUAAAUCCAUUCAUUCUUUCUUUCUUUUCUGUUCUUUAUUUCUUUCUUUGUUUGUUUCUUUCUUUCUUUAUUUCUUUCUUUAUUUCUUUCUUUACUUCUUUCUUUCUUUCUUUAUUUCUUUCUUUCUUUCUUUCUUUCUUAUGUUGCCUCUUUUGUUCUUUCUUUUCCCAAAUUCUAUUUCUUUCUUUCUUUCUUUCUUUCUUUCUUUCUUUCUUUCUUUCUUUCUUUCUUUCUUUCUUUCUUUAA